UUCAUGGUGUUAUGGUCAACUUGCCGCACAACCGUGUUCAAAUCUGUCACCAACAGGUUCAUUAAAAACCUGGCCUGCUCUGGGAUUUGUGCCAGCCUGGUCUGCGUGCCCUUCGACAUCAUCCUCAGCACCAGCCCUCACUGCUGCUGGUGGAUCUACACCAUGUUCUUCUGCAAGGUUGUCAAAUUCCUACACAAAGUCUUCUGCUCUGUGACUAUCCUCAGUUUCCCUGCCAUUGCCCUGGACAGGUACUAUUCAGUCCUCUAUCCUCUGGAAAGAAAAAUAUCUGACGCCAAGUCUCGGGAGCUAGUGAUGUACAUCUGGGCUCAUGCAGUGGUGGCCAGUGUCCCUGUGUUUGCCGUGACCAAUGUCGCCGACAUCUAUGCCAUGUCCACCUGCACGGAAGUCUGGAGCAACUCCUUGGGCCACCUGGUAUACGUUCUGAUCUACAAUGUCACCACGGUCAUUGUGCCUGUGGCUGUGGUAUUCCUCUUCCUAAUCCUGAUCCGGAGGGCUCUGAGUGCCAGCCAGAAGAAGAAAGUCAUCAUUGCUGCGCUGAGGACCCCACAGAACACCAUCUCCAUCCCCUAUGCCUCCCAGCGGGAGGCUGAGCUACAUGCCACCCUGCUCUCCAUGGUGACAGUUUUCAUCCUCUGCAGCGUACCCUAUGCCACCCUGGUCGUCUACCAGACCGUGCUCAAUGUACCUAACACUUCCGUCUUCUUGCUUCUCACUGCCAUUUGGCUGCCCAAAGUCUCCCUGUUGGCCAACCCUGUGCUCUUCCUAACUGUGAACAAAUCCGUCCGCAAGUGCUUGGUUGGGACCCUGGUGCAGCUGCACCACCGGUACAGUCGCCGAAACGUGGUUAGUACUGGGAGUGGGGUGGCUGAGGCCAGCCUGGAGCCCAGCAUGCGCUCUGGUAGCCAGCUCUUGGAGAUGUUCCACAUCGGGCAGCAGCAGAUCUUUAAGCCCUCAGAGGAUGAGGAAGAGAGUGAGGCCAAGUGUCUUGGCUCAGCUGACUGCCAGGCCAAGGAGGUACUCACCUCCUGCCCAGAGGGAGACCAGGAGCCGCAGCCUGCACCUUCUGUACCACCUCCAGGCACAGUGGACUCUCCAUCUCAGGUGGCCCCGGUAGCCCCUGUGGAACACGGGAUAUUCCCUGAUAAAUAUUCUCUGCAGUUUGGCUUUGGGCCUUUCGAGUUGCCCCCUCAGUGGCUCUCUGAGACCCGAAAUAGCAAGAAGAGGCUGCUUCCCCCACUGGGCAAUACCCCAGAAGAGCUGAUCCAGACAAAGGUGCCCAGAGUAGGCCGGGUGGAGCGGAAGAUGAGCAGAAACAAUAAAGUGAGCAUUUUCCCAAAGGUAGACUCCUAGUGAGGAUUGGAAGUGCCUGGAAGCAACAGGGAGCUUAUGUAUUUCUGCUCUCCUGCACUCUGGCUGUGAACCACUGUGGGGUGACUCCUCCUGUCUGGGCAAAAGGGAAGUUUACAUAAAAUCCAGUUGCCCCUUUAUCGAGGGAGUAUAUAUCCAUCUAUCUUAGUGAUCUGUGUCCUUAGACCCACUGUAAGCAGGACAGUAUGGAACAGGUCUGAGGGUCCUUCAUGCAUAUUUUUAGGGGGCUCCUCCCUUCCCUGUGCAUAGGAAAGAACCCAAAGGGAGCAGGUACUUGGAGGAGGCCCAAGAUAAUUAUGGGCUGCAAUGGCCACAAAGGUGAAGUUGGUUUGGUUUUUUAAAUUUUGUUUUAAUUUUUUUGAGACUGGGUCUCUCUUUGUAGCCCUGGCUGGCCUGGAACUCACUAUACGGACUAGGCUGGCCUCAAACUCAGAGAUCCACCUGCUUCUGCUUUCUGAGCGCUGAGAUUAAAAGUCUGUGCCACCAUGCCCAGUGAAGAGCCUAUUUGGGUAACUAAAUAGGAGUAACAAAUAGGAAAAGUUUCUGUACUGAGAAGUCGGAGCCACAGUGGCCAGUGGUGUUCCUUAGUCAGUCAUCUGACCCAUUUUCUAACCCCUUUAUCCGGUUUUCUGGUUUUAAAUGGGGGAUGACUGGUCCCACCUCUGCUUACCUUUACACCCUGUUGGUGUCACCGAGGCCUCCAACGAAUGUACCCGCUUCCACCAGUCACCAGUAGUGCUGCCUAGAAACUGCCAGCCCUUCACUGGAGGUUCCGCUUUACACUGCACUUGAUCAACAGCAGCAGGGAGGAAAGCUUUGUAGUGGAGAAGACAGUCUGAGAAAUGCCCACGGCACAGUCUUCUUUUCUUCCACAUGACCUAGAACAAAAGACCAGAGUCGGUAUAGUGCCGUGUAUUGAGUGACUUACAGGAGUGAAGUAACAUAGGCAAGUGUUUGGAAUUAAAAGGUGCUGAAGAAAUUGCAAGUGACAUAUACCGGGUUCUUGGGUGCCGUUAAGGUAAAAAUACUUGAUUAGGACAAGUGAUGCUGCCCCAAGACUUGUUAGUCUGACGCAGAGAACAGGCCAACCCUCUGGUCUCAUUUUCAGUGUGCUGUAUGAUUCUGGUUUCCACGCC